GAAAAAUAUAGUGCUUUGUACGAUUCAGCUCUGCCGGGGCGGGAAUCAUAAUAUUUAGGUGUUCCGGCUCUUUAAAUGACACAUAUAGCGUCAUCAUGCCGCGCUCAAGCGGCGCGGAGGGGGGACUCUAGAUUGCUGCCGGAAACGGUAAAACUGUAGGCAUUGAUGAACCCAGAUACAUCUUAAUGAAGUUUAAAGAUGCCAAGCUGAGAUUUGGAUUUGACACAAACUUUGAUGGCUGCUGUUGCAGAAAAUAACUUUGUUAAGAGCUUCUACAGACACCUACACUGAAUUAUCUUCAAUACCCCCAUAUAAGAUGAAUGACAAAUCUUCCACAAGACUAGAAGACAGAGUUCAGAGAACUCUGAAAAAAGUCUUUGGAUUUGACUCUUUCAAGACCACAUUACAGGAAACCGCAACUAUGAUGGUGGUAAAAGGGGGAAAAGAUGUAUUUGUUUGCAUGCCCACUGGGGCAGGGAAAUCUCUAUGCUACCAGCUUCCUGCAGUCCUGUCAACAGGCAUCACCAUUGUCAUUUCUCCUUUAAUUGCACUGAUUCAGGACCAGGUAGAUCAUUUGCUGUCACUCCAAGUCAGAGUAAGCUCUCUUAACUCCAAGAUUUCUGCUCAGGAGAGAAAGACCAUCCUAGCUGACUUGAUGAGUGAGAAACCUCAGACAAAGCUUCUGUACAUCACGCCAGAAAUGGCAGCUUCCUCUUCUUUUCAGCCCACCUUGGAGAUUCUGGUUUCUCGAAAUCUUCUCUCCUACUUGAUAGUUGAUGAGGCUCACUGUGUCUCCCAGUGGGGGCAUGACUUCCGGCCAGACUACUUGCGCCUUGGCUCCCUGCGCUGUCGCAUACCCAACACACCAUGUGUAGCCUUGACUGCCACAGCUACCAAGCGGGUCCAAGAUGACAUUGUAGCAUCACUGAAGCUGAAGCAACCUGUGGCCACCUUCAAGACACCUUGCUUUAGGUCCAACUUGUUCUAUGAUGUGCUGUAUAAAGAGCUCUUAAUGGAUCCCUAUGAAAACCUGAAGGAUUUCUGUCUGAAGGCUCUUGGGCAGAAGACUGCCUCUGGGGGCUACUCUGGUUGUGGAAUUGUCUACUGCAGGAUGAGAGAAGUCUGUGAGCAGGUGGCUAUUGAGCUAAGCUACAGAGGAGUGAGAGCCAAGGCCUAUCAUGCAGGACUUAAGGUAGCAGAGAGAACAUCAGUUCAGAAUGAAUGGAUGGAGGAGAAAGUUCCAGUGAUUGUUGCUACCAUCAGUUUUGGAAUGGGAGUUGACAAAGCUAAUGUCAGAUUUGUUGCACACUGGAAUAUUGCAAAGUCUAUGGCUGGGUAUUACCAGGAGUCAGGAAGAGCUGGAAGAGAUGGGAAACCAGCCAGUUGUCGCCUUUAUUACUCUCGGGUUGACAGGGAUCAAGUCAACUUCCUGAUCAAGAAGGAACUUGCCAAGCUCCAGGAGACACGAGGUACCUUGAAAGAAUCUGAUAAAGCUGUGAUGACAGACUUCGAUGGAAUGGUGGCCUUCUGUGAAGAAUUGGGUUGCCGUCAUGCUGCCAUAGCCAACUACUUUGGGGACACUGUCCCUCAGUGCAACAAAUGCUGUGAUUACUGUAAGAAUCCAGCUGCAGUGAAAAAACUCAUAGAGGCAUUGGAGUGCAGCACCAACAGCUGGAGCAGAACCUGCACUGGACCCUCUGCUUCCUCAUGGAAUGCCUAUGACCCAGAGCUGUACGAAGGAGGGAGGAGAGGCUAUGGUGGCUUCAGCAGAUAUGAUGAAGAUGGUGGGAGUGUGGGUGAAGCCAGUGAAGACCAUCAGAAAAAGGAGUGGAGUGACUUUUAUAAGAAACAGAUGAAGCUGCGCAAGGGCAAAGAUCCAGAAAAAGACACCUUUGUCCCACCAGAUGCUGAUUGUCCCUUGAAGGAUGCAGCCAGCAGGAAAAUCUCCAGAAUCACAGUGAAGGCCAGAGAGCACUGCCUGAAGAUGCUAGAAGAAGCAUUAAGUAGCAACCACCAAGCAGUACCAACAGGAAAUGGGUCAGAUCCUCUAGCAUGUGCUGUGGACAUGGAAUAUGAGGCUUUUCGGACCAGCAAGAUGGCAAACCUGUACAAGGCAGCUGUUCUAAAAAAGGUAGCAGAAAUAAACAAAGCUUCCAAAGAUGGAGAGCUCUAUUCCACCCUUGACUUGGAAGUCAGUGGUAGUCCCAAGCUGAAGGCUGACCCAGCUGCAGUGGCUGAUGAUGGCCUCUUCUCAGCAUUCAAAGUGAAUACAUUCAAGCCCAAGAGGGUGGGCAUUGGAUUUCGAAAGUCAUCCGAUGUGUUCCAGUCUGCUUCACAAGUUCUAGCUGCCAAGGAAGAGGAUGGCGUUAAACUGGUGAAGACCAAGGAUAGCCCAGAAGGAAAGGGAGACUGCAGCUAUGACCCUGAGUCUGGAGACCUUGCUAGAACGCUUGACAACAAGGUGAAAGAGACCAAAGAAGUUUGCAAAAAUGCUGAUGAAAUCCUUGAAAAGAAGGAGCAGCAAAGUACCUCCGAUGCUACAACUUCCUUGAGCGUCAGUCCCAACAAGAAGAGCAAACCCACCAAGAAGCAGCAGCUGCUGGCAGAAGCAGCUCAAAAAGAAUCUCAGAACAUUUCCAAAUUCUUCUCCAAGCCCAAACCAGGAACUAAGACUGUGUCCUCUGAGCUUGAUUUGGCAGAGGAGAAAAACACUUAUCUUGGUGAACUACCUCAACUUUUCCCCCAAAGAGUGUGUAAGGAGAAUGAGAAACCAGGACUUCAGGAAACUGAAAUUAUCUCCAAAGAAAUAGCUUCUUCAUCUCAGGUAGAAGAGCAGAAAACAGGGGGAGGUCUUACUAUGACAAGCUGUAGCUCAGGAACAGAAUCCUCAUGUCCAGGAUCAACCCUUGAUGAGCCAAGCAGUGCUAAACCAUUGGUUGAAGAUGAAAUGACUAACGGUUGUGGAAACCAUAAUGGGAAGAGACCAGGGUCAGCCAAGGACCUAGUGAUCCCUGCUGAAAAGAAGCCACGAACAAUACCAAAGUCUUCCACCUUGUUGGAAUUGGAGGAGAAUGCUGGUGGACCAAUGAAAAAGAAGGUCACCUUUGAUCCAAACUUGGCACAGGUUGAUAAAGAAGGAACCACCAAAACCAUCCAGCCAGCUACAAAGGCACUAUCACUCAAGGAGACCGCAGAUAUUGUUGUAAAAUACUUGACUCCUUUCUACAAAGGUGGCAAAUUUGCUUCUAAGGAUUUGUUUAAGGGGUUUGCCCGACACCUCUCUCACUUAUUGGCUGCAGACAAGAGUCCUCUCCGCAAGACUGUGAAAGAAGAAGCGCAGAGACUGAUCAAGGGGUUUUUCAAAGCCCAUGGCAAAUGUGAAAACGAGACAGACUGGCAGGAGCUAACCAGUUUGGGAACAUGACACAUGAAACACACACGUUCUCACUGCUUCUGGUGGCUGCUGGGUCUGAGCCCCUGGGUACUUCAUUCUUGCUAUGCUUUGUGAUGAUAUAAUGGUCUUUGUGACGAUAUAAUGGUCUGCUUUGGGGCCCCAGAAGUCAACAGUCCUAUGAAAGGCCUUUCGUGAUGUCACCUGCACAACAGACGAUCUCUAUCUGGGGCAAUACUCUCAGACUUCAUCCACAUCUUUGUUAGAUGUCCUGUGGUGCAAUCCAGUUUGCUUCCUUUAGCAAAUUCAAUGAGACUGGAAUUAACGCUCUUGCUUGGAACCCUGCUAUUACCCAAGAUUUCCCCAACCCCACCCCAGCCACCUUUUAAUAUGGUUUUUACCAGUUGGAACCUUAAAUAGAAAACAAAUGCACCUGCAUCACUCAGGGCUGAAGUGCUGCAGGAGCGACUUGUUAUAGGCUACAUUUAUUUUGGAGGGAAGUGUUUGGUUUGACAUUGGAAGGGAGUCUAGAAGAGGUGUGUUGGUUCCCUUUUUCAUGUUUGUUGUUUUAAAAUGUUGCAAUUUUUCUUUUAUUCAGCAAUGUUUCCUCUUGCACUAGGAACAGAACCUUUAGAAAACUUGUACUUAAGCAAGAAUGAGAAGUGCUGUCUCUGCCAGCAUUCUGACAGAAACAUCCCUCCAUGAGUUGGUAAAACAAUGCAGAUUUAAAUAAACUAAGAUAAGGACUUAAUAAAUGGAAAUAUAUAUAACAGAACCCUGACAGCCACUUCUUUUUAAAGAAAGAAGCUGUUUUGGAUGGUGUCAAGCAGCAGCAGAGGUGUGGGGGUGGUUGGUCAUGCUUCACCUGCCUACUGCAGUUUUGCUCCAAAUGCAUGUUUGCUGACACACACCCCUUCCCUCUCCAACCAUCAGAGAUUUGUUGUAUGCAACCUUAGUCAAGACCUAAGUUUAUUUUUAAGGAAAGAAGUAUAUUAUGUCGUCUUGUCCUCUGCUGCUCCAGACUUUUACGGCAUGUCCUUAUUUUACAGGAGCUGGAGUAUGCAGAUCUUUUAUUUGUAAAUGCUAUAAGUUUCCAUCUGUCCGGCUUUCCGGCUAAGAGGAGGAGUUUAACUUUCUGCAAAACCUCAGGAAUGAAUAGAGGCCAUGGGCUAAACAUGCCCGCCCACCCCCCCACCCUAAAUCCUCUUGUUCGCUACCACUAUAUCAUCCGCUUGUUGUACCACAAACUGUUGUGUCUAAAGAUCUCUCUGCCUGAACAGCUGCAGUUGCAGAUGGGAAGGCCUAAUAUAUCCCUAAGGGAAACUGCAGUUGAGAUGAGCUUGUGAAAUAACAUUGGUCAUUAGGUGUGGACCUAAUUCAAUACAUAGACUCUGAGCUCAUAAAAAGCAGCUAAUGCUAACACGUGUUUUCAGUGGGUUCUCUUAUGGUUUCUGCAUACAUUAUGUAGUGACAAACAGGUUUGAUGACUGCAGCCAGUUCUUGGGCUCUUUUGACAGUUGAGCCUGUAUAAAAGAGGUGUUUGUCGUAUGUGCAGAUUAUGUCUCUAGGUGUAUCUGUAAAAAGCUAUACAGGCACACUUUUUAGAAACACCAUAUAGGAAUCAGUCCUUUGUAUAAUACUGUAGUGUUAUCCAUUAAGGUGUUAAGAAACGACCCUUCCAUUCGCACAGUUAGAGGAGGUAGGGGUUAAAGCUGCUAUAUAAAGUUGUUAGUUUGGGUGUGAACUAUUAUGCCUCCAAAACCUCAACAGCAGUUAGUAAUAAGAUUGCUGCUACAGGGUGUGUGUGUGGGCGGGGGGGUAUCCAUAGAGCUGGAGCUGCCGAUUUCCCGUGGGUCUUGGCUUGUGGAUUUUAUCCUGAAAUUGUGCAGCAAUGGCUUCUUUCUACACCAAGAAAAAUUUCCAGGGAAUAAAAAAAAUUGGCUUGGAGAUGCCUUGCGUUUGGGUGAGAGAAGGGCAACCCUCCCUCCCCCAAACCACUUGGGUACAGGCAUUCAUCUUGCCCCUCAUAGCACCAGCUGUCACUGAUACAAUUUCCUAAAUAGCUGUGUGUUUUAAGAGUCAAUUGAGUCAAAAUACUUAACACUCUUCUUUGGUGCUUCCUUAAUCUGUGAAAGCCAUAUUGCUGCACUGUGCCUCCAACUUGAUUCUAAUUGGCCACUCAGCAUGUGGCAAAAUUGCCCAGAGGUGGUGGAGAGGAUGCUGCUUUAUUUAUACAUAGUUGGAACUGGGCAGAGGCUUUAGAUUCCCUGCUUGGGAUAGUGAGUUGUUGUGUUCCUCUAAAAAUAAAUAAAUUGUGUUUUCUUGACCUGUGCCUUAGCUCUGUCCCUACAGAAGCUGUUGAAUUGUCAGAUGGGGGUGCUCGUAGACAAAGGUGGCACUAGGGAAGGGGUCUUCUAAAUAGCGUAAACUUGGGAACUAGGCUUUGUUACUAAAGUUACGUGGCAAGCUGCUAAUAAAAAGAAUGUUACAGAA